UGAUACAUUUCCAUUACUCGCCUUCUCUUCAUUUCAGCAGACGGCUUAGCUAAUUGCACUCCAGUUUAGAAGCAAAUAAUUUCAGCACUUCUGUAACAUUGUUUAGUUGAAAAGGCACUGUAUACCAAGAAACAAAUAUCAAGGCUGUGAAAGAAUGCCAACAACUGAGGGCACAUUGUUCAUUUUGCUGCUGAUUAGUCUUCAGUUGGCCAGAAAUUACAGUAAAGAUGCAAUGAAUCCCACAUCUUCAAGAAGCAGUGUAAGCAGCACUCCUGUGAGUCCAACUAUAUUUAAUGUGACCUCUGAUAGAAUGUCUACAGAACCAGGACAUAUCAGUGCUAAUCCAAAUUACAGUACUGUAACAGAAAGCAAUACUUCAAGCAACAAGACCAUCUCAACCCUGACUCCAACAUCAACUCUUCACAGUUUAUUAUUACCAACAACACAUCCACUAACUUUUACUACAAAAGAUGUAAAGCAUAGGAUAUCCUCUUCGGGGACACCUGCAAAUACUUCUAGAAGUUAUGAAGCCACGACUUAUUUCAAGUCAUUUGAAACUGAAUCAAACAGUGUCAUCACAACCAUUCCUAAUAUCAGUUUCACAACCAUGGUUUUCCAUAACACAACUCAAGCGGAUGGUUUAACAUUUCCUUCCAAUAAAAAUUUAUCAAGUACAAUAGGUAUGUUGCUAACUACCAAGAAUAGUGCUGUUACAACUGAAUUAUCAACAACAGCAAAUCUACAUCCCAAAGCAACUGAUAAUUCUACAGAAGCAAGAGAAGCACCGAAAGAAAGUCAUACUCAUGGAGGGGUAAUAUUUGGAAUAAUUGUAGGAGCAAUGUUAGGAUCUGCAUUGAUUGGCCUGGUUGGAUAUUUAAUCUGUGGUAAAAGAAAACCUGAAUCGUUUGGACAUCAGCGACUUUAUGAUGACACAAGAAAUGAUCCAGUUCUACGGCUAGAUGCUAUACCUGAACCUUUCAACCCAAACUUUGGAGAGCUAUCCUACUUCAAUCCCAUGGUAGCCAAUGAGAACCCUGUCCAGAACCACAAAGAAACAUACAAUGCAAUCCCAAUGGAUGACAUGAUAUCAUCACAGCCUUCAGCAGAAAUGCAUAAAGCCAGAUGUUAGAAUUAAAAACAUAUAGAUCUUGUUCCUUCUUGUGGCUCCUAUAACACUUGAAUGUGUAUAAGAAGUAAUGAUUGCAGGUCAUGUCAUACUCUUUUUACCAUUCCUUUGUGUAUGUGAGUGCAUGUAUAUAUGCUAACCCAUUAGAAGAAAUGCUGGCAGUCUCACAACAAUGAUUUCUUGAUCUUGAUCUGAAGUAUCCUUUCUUUGCUUUUGAACUUUUUCUGCUUGAUAAUAUCUCCCAAAUAUAUGCUAAUGUCCAUUGAAAACAUGACAUUGGACAAAAGAGAUUUUUCACCCUUUUAACGAACAGCAAUUUUUCAAUUCAGGCUUUAAAUGAAAUUAGACUAGUAUCACAAUAUUAGUGAUAAUAUACAGUCUAGUAAAUCCCCUUUGUCCUUCCAAAUACUAAUUCUAAUGACAUUCAGAGUUGAGCACAUUCUUCAAGGAACUGAUUGUUUAAUACUGAGCAGGUAAAUUAUUUUCAUGGCAUUGCUUAAAUUCAGCAGCCAAAGUAAUACAUUUUGGCAAUGUUGCUCUCUCCAUUUUUUAAAAAAGUGGUUUUUUUGCUCAUAAAUCAUAAUCAAGUUUCUGGAGUGUUCUCUUUCUAUACUUUGCUCCAAUUGGGAAAAAAUAAGCUUACAAUUUCAUAUCUGCCCAUUCUAGCGUCAUCACCAGACCACCCUCCAGCUUUUCUGGAAAAAGAAAGGAAAAAGAGGAAAAGCUGCCCUUCCCGGAUUUAGGAGGAAAGUAAUUUUGUUAUAUAACAGGUCUUUUUUUAAAUCAUAGCAAACCACCCUAAUUUUAUUUUAUAUUAUCUAAAAAAUAAAUUACCGAAUAAUCUAAUUAUUAUUGGUAGGUCAAUUUAGAAUCAGUAGCCAUGUUCACCAAAGUGAUGUUUCUUAAAUAUGCUGGAAUUAUAACUGCCCAACUUUCCAAACUUCAGGUUAUUUGGGAAUCCAAGGAACUGGAGCUCCAUCUGUAGCACAUCAAGCUGGCAAUAAAAGGAAGUUAACAGAAUAAUGGAGUUUGAAGGGACCUUGGAGAUCUUCUAGUGCUUAAACAGGAAACCUUAUACCAUUUCAGACAAAUGGUUGUCCAAUCUCAUCUUAAACCUGCAGUGUUGGUAUACCCACAACUUCUGGAGGCAACUCAUUCCAUUGUUUGAUUGUUCUAUUGGGAAAUUUCCAUAGUUCUAGGAUGGUUCUCCCCUUAAUUAGUUUUUACCCAUUGCUUCUUGUCCUACCUUCAGGUGCUUUGGAAAAUAGGCUGACUCCCUCUUUGUGACAACCCCUUAGAUAUUGGAACACUGCUAUCAUAUCACCACCUAAUUCUUCUUUUCAUUAACUGGACAUAUCCAAUACCUGCAACUGUUCCCCAUCUCUUUUAGCCUCCAGUCCCCUAAUAAUCUUUGUUCUUCUUCUAUGCACCCUUUCUAGAGUCGCAAUGUUCUUUUAUUUUAUGGUGACCCAAACUCCAAAACUGGGUGCAAUAUUCCAAAUGUGAUCUUUCUAAGGCAUUAUAAAGCAAUAAUUCACAUGAUCUUGAUUAUAUCCAUCUUUUAAUGCAGCCCAGUUGUUAUAAUGCAGCCUGAGAUAUAAACCAUAUGCUUACUUAAUCAUGCAGAAGAAUAAUCAACUUCAAAGCUUUUAAUUAUUUUUUUGUAGAUAAACUAAUAUAACCUCAAAGGGAAGCCAGGCUAAUGUACCUGAUUUGUAUUUCAAUAGAAUAAAUUUGCUUCUCUUGGGCCUUUAGAACAGCAUUCAGCAAUACCACAACACAUGUACUGUUGCAUCAUGCAUCAGGAUGGAAGUAUCUAAGGAUAGGUUUGUAUCAUAUGUCACUGUGGUUUUGCCUUUUAGUGGCUUGCCCUGGUUUCUGUCAUUAUGUACUAUUGCCUGAAGCUUUGGUUUUGCUGUUCAAAACAUUUGCACUAAAAUACAGCCAACAGUUUUUGCUGGACACAAGCUGUGCUGCGGGUCUAUUUUCAGUCACAUUUUAGCAUAUCAGGAUUGUUUCAAACUGCUUCAAACUGAAAGCAUUUUCUGGCUAAAGGUAAUUUUGUCAAAAAGAUGGCACUUGAACAUCUUCAAGCAAAAAAGGCAUAUACUCAACAUGCUCUAAAAACUGCUGUCUUUCUAGUAUCUUAAAAUAGUGUGUCCAUUUGCUUUCUUGUCCUGUUGUUUCACCAUCAUUUUAAGGCUUCCAUGUCUUUAGAACAUAAGCCAAAUUAAUAAAAGGGCUACAUAGAAAAU